AUACUUGAAGGCUAGAGAGGGUGUGCCAUUGUUAUUAAAGGACAUACUUGAUACAAAUUUUCUGCUUUCUACUCGGCUUCGGUGAGAAUUGAGUGAAACUAGAUACCGAAUGAGACUUGUCAGUAUCAAAUGUUUUUUGCUGACCGAAUUUGAAAAGGCAGUACUCUUUCAAAAAGUAAAACCAGAAGCCAUACACGUAACUAUUUUAUGCUUGUUGAUUAAAUAAUAUCAUUUGUCUGCCUGCAGUUAUGAGGCUUCUAGCCUGUGAGGAAAAACCUGUUUGUCUUAGAGUUUCUCCCAAAAUGGUUUCAAAUUGGAACUACCAGAUAUUUCUGAAAGGCAGAUGCAAUUGGUGGUUUAGAGUAUAAACAUGUAAGAAGACUUAUAACUCGUGUAGAAUGUAUUUUGGAGAACCUUUGGGAGAAAAAAAACUUGUGAAAGAUUGAUGGUUCAUUUUUAUUGGAAAAGUAUGGGUAAGCCACUUAGCAGGCCAGACUGUUUAAGGCGGAACCCCACCUGCCUGGGGAAAGGGGAAGAGGAAGAUGGCUAUAUAGAAGAUUGCUAUGUUCCACAGCGCUCUAUAUAUGAUACCAUGAGGAUAAAUGAACAGAUUGACCAGGGGUCAAAACUUAAUCAGACUUCCAAAAGCACCAUGGAGAAGAUGGAAGGAAGUACCAUAUCCAGCAACGGUACAUUAGGAGCAUCAUCUAAUGUUUUUGAAUCUAGAGUGCCAGAAGGCAAGAAACUGGAUGAGAGAAUAAUAUUUGAUGCAUUAAAACUAAGCAGUGAUGUACAGAAGUCAGCUCCUGUGCCACCCAGACGUCGGCCAAAUGCAGAGCGCAAAGAUAACGUUAACAGGAGGUCAUGGAAGUCCUUCAUGCCACCCAACUUCCCAGAAUUCGCAGAAAGGAUGGAGGCUUCUCUCAGUGAAGUCUCAGAAGCUGGUGCUUCAAAUCCUUCCUUACAAGAGAAAAAGAUAUCCAGUUCUGCAUUGACAGAAAGUUCUGGUCACUUUGACCACAGGGAACCUCAAUCUGAGUCUGUAACUUUGGAACACAUGUCCAAAUCUGUAGAUAUUCCAGAAGUGCAAGAUGGAAAAAACUUGCAAGACUGCCAGGAUUUGAGAUUCCAACUGCACAGUGAGAGCUCUCCACAUGAAUUCCAGCCUCUGGAGUCAGAAGCUACAGCAGCAAGUGGUAACUCCGAUGAAAUGCAGGAACACAGAUUCUCAAGUGCAACCUGGCCUAGGGCCAUGAAAACUUCUAAGGGAGGCUUCAGUGAGAAGCAGCUCCCCCUUGGGGACACUGCCUGCACUGUGGAACUGCCACCUCUCUCUCCUUGCCUGAGUGAAGAGCUGGUGGAUCCAGAAUUACAUAGUCUUAUAACACCUAACCUGAGAGAAAAAACAGAGUCUGAGUUAAAAUUUGAGGAGGAUGAGCGAUGGAUCAUGAUGGAGGCUGAGGAGGAGUGGGAAGAAGAGAAAUUGUCGGAGAAAAGAGAGAGCUUGACAGGGAUUUUUGAAGAAAGAGAAGCAAACACAGUAGCGGUGGUAGAGAGUGGAUCUGACUGCUCAUCCGCCUUGGGAACUUCUGACCAUAUAGCUCUUCCUCAGAUUUACUGCUCUGAUGACCUGCAGCCAACUAGAGACCACCUUGCUUCUGUUCCCAAGGGUACAUCCCCUAACUGCCCCUGUGUGCCUAGCAAAGAUGUUAUCAGUGAAAUGAAAAACAGAACUGCUCAGGGCCUAGAGGAUCUGAUCUCAGGGUUCCAGAGCCCUACCGAAGCUGAGCAACUCUCUGACACAGAUUCUGUGCAAAUGUUUCUUGAACUUGAGAAGGAAUGUUUAUGUGAGGAGGGAGUAACUUCUUCAGUUGAGCUGCUGAGUCAAGCCUCUUCGGAAGGACUGGCCCCAUCCCAGGAUGCAGAAGAUUCUCUUUUAAUUAGUCAUUUUCCAGGAGCUGCCUUAGAAAAGGAACAGCAUGUGGAUCUUGUAAGGAUAAAGGACCAUGAUACAGGAUUAUAUGGUGAAUAUUGUAAUGCCCUGGAUUCUUCUCAGGUGCCUAAAGCUGUUGAACUUAGUACUCACCCUGAUAGCAGGAGGGAUACUUUCACUGUUAGCAAGGAGUGUGAAAAAGUGCCUUUCAGCCCCAAGAUUGAUGGGGAAUUUAAGUCUCUGACUGAAUUGGAGCCGCUUGGAGAGCUGGACACAGGAGGAUUGCUGAACUCUAAUCCCAGAGCUUCUUGUGAAGAAAAACUACCAGUCUUUAUUGUUUCUGAGCUAGCCAAAGAAAAUGGCAAUUUGUCCCAGGUAGACUGCAGUCAGACUAAGGGGAAUGUAGAGGUGUAUAUGGAAAAGAUGCCUCUCAGUUUUGCUUCCAACUACAAACAAGAUGUUACCUCAGGACUUGAAGUAGAGGUGUUAUCAUCUGAUUCAAAUUUAUUAACAGAUGAGAUUCAUUUAAAAGGUGGGAAAGGAGCUAUAAUUAGUCCAGAAAACAACAAUCCGACAUCAUUGGAAAAUGUAGACCCUUGUGAGUUGUCCAUGAAGGAAGUUUGUGAUAAAGACAGCAAAACAAAAGAGCUAGAUUGUCGAGUGAAGCUUUUAGAGGCUGGAGCUCCAGUAUGUUUUCUUAGAGACUUACAGAGGAAGUCUCCAGAGUCAGAGGUUCUGAGUCUAAGUCUGCCUCUGCUGGCUGGAGAACUGUGGUGUAAUAGAGCUGCAACAGAAACCAUGAAUGAUAGAGAACCUGAGUUGGGAAUGGCGUCAUCACACGAAGGGGAGAUGGGAAUGAGAGAUUUAGAUUCAACCCUGAACAUCUUUCCAGAAGAACAAAUCACCAAAGCCAAUAACACUGUACCAGGUUUAGAGGAAUGGAUAUCCGGCCAACAGGGACCUGCCCCAGCUGCUAUAGUACCCAUGAUAGAUGAUGUCCUGGAUGCUGUAGUACCCAUGUCAGGACCAGGAGAGGCUAUCCCAGCUGUAGCAGUGCCUGCCCUGGAGGGCCCUGCUACCAAAGCCUCUGCCUCAGAGGGACCUGCUGUGGCUGCGCCAAUAGUGUCUUUCCCCAAGGAGGAUAUCCCAGUUGCCUCAGUGGUCAUCUUAGAGGAGGAUGUUACGGCUAAAGUGUUAUCAGCCCCAGAACAGGCUGCCACUUCAUCUGGUGCAGUGCCCUUCAGAGAUGAGGAUGUUACCUCAGAGGAGCCUGACCCUCAGGCUGCUGCAGUGUUUCUCCCAGAGGAGCCUGCCGUAACAACCCUUUCAGGGCCCACCUCAGAGAAACCCAGUGCUCCAGCAGUUGUUGUGUCUGCUGCAGAGGAGCCUGGCACUCCUCCUCCGGCAGAGCCUGUGCUCGAGGAGGCUGCCACCCUAGCUCUUGAACCUACCCCAGAGAAGCCUGAUAUUCAAAUGGUUAGUGUGUCCAUCCCAGGAUGGUCUGUCACUCCAGCUCCUGCAGUGCCUGCUAUGAAGGAAAUGUUCUCUCCUGGUGACCCUUUCCUGGGAGGAACUACCCACACUGAUUCAGUGCCCAUUGCAGAAGAAACUCCUAUUCUUGAGGCUGCUUCCUCACCCGAAAUGUGGAUCAAGGAGGAUCUUGAUUCUUCAGCAUUUGGAAUAAAAGAGGUGCCUGACCCAGUGCUACAUGGGAAAGUGCCUCUGGCUACAACUGAUGGAUUAGAUUCACAUGAGGUAAUUGCUGCUCAUUUCAUUGGCAGGAAGGGCUGA